AUGAAUCAAUCUUAAUCAUAUAUAAAAAGUGAAAGAAAAUGUGAAAGAUAACAUGAAGAAGGAUGUGAAAAAUUGAUAGCAAUUUGUUUAAAUGGUGAUUGUGAUAAAAGAUUAAUGUGUUGUUUCUGUUAUAAUGAUUAUCAUAGCGAACAUUUAAAGGAUGUAAAGACAAUAAGUUAAGUGCAAUAAUUAUGUAAAGAUUCAAUAGUAAAAUUUGAUAAAUUAUAAUUGACAAUAAUGUUAUAGUAGAAGGCAGAUUAGUUUAAGUCAGUAGUUAAGAAUAUUAAUGAGUAAAUGGAGAAAUUAGUCUAAUAUUAUAUUCAUGAUAUAUAAUAAUUGUAUUCAAUGAUGGAGGAUUUGGCUGAUAGUUUUGUGAUUUUAUAAUAAGGGAAUAUAAAUUAAUUUACAGAUGAGUAAUGUGAAUUGUUAGCAACAUUUAAAGAUGAGAGAAUUUUAGAUAACAUAUAGGAAAUAACAAAUUAUAUAGGAUAGAAAAUGGGGAUAUAAGAUUUAUUGAAGAUAAGUAAUGAUUUAGAUGAAAGAUUGAUGAUGUUAGAUAUAAAUAUAAUAUUGGAGAAGAAUAUUUAAAAUGAAUAAUUGAAGAAAUUUAUAGAAUGUUAUGAAAUGAAGUAUGAAUGGAUUCAACCAGAAUUGUUGUUGAUUAGAAGUCCAGAAGUAAAGAAGAUAGAAUAUCCAAAUGAUGAUUUCUAUAUAGGAGAAGUAAAAGGAGAUAAGAAAUUCGGGAGAGGUAAGCUAUGAUAUGGAAUAGCUAGGAUUAUUAUUUAAUAAGUUAGAAUAGACUUACUAGUAUGGAGUAUUUAGAUAAGAUAAUUUUGUAUGGGGUUAAUAAUUGAUGAUCGAUCAAAAGAGACGUUAUUGGAUUAAGUAAGGGAAAUGGAUAAAUGGGAAAAUAGAAGGAAAAGGGAUUCAUGCUUUAUUCAAAGGAGAGUAUUAUAAAGGAGAUCUUUAAAAUGAUAUAAGAGAAGGUUUUGGAACUAUGAGAUAUACCACUGGAGAUGAAUAUCAAGGAUAGUGGAAAAUGGGAUAAUUUCAUGGUAAAGGAUUAUAUAAAUAUGUUAAUGGAGAUGAAUAUGAUGGAGAUUUUGUGUUUGAUAGAAAAGAAGGAAUUGGAUCUUAUUAAUAUAAAAAUGGAGAAUUAUAUGUCGGAUAAUUUAAAUCAGGAUUGAGACAUGGAAGUGCCAUUGUUAAAUUCCCUAAUGGAGAUAUGUAAUAACUAUUAUUAAAUUAGUUAUACAGGAGAAUAUGUUAAAGAUAAAAAAGAAGGACCUGGAGUAUAUAAAUAUAUAAAUGAUAACAUAUUUGAAGGAAGUUAUAAAGAAGGCUAAAGACAUGGAUAAGGAAUCUAUACUGAUCUUGUUAAUGGAAUUAAAGAGAUUGGACAAUUUGUAUAAGGAAAAUAACAAGGAGAACAUAUGGUAUUUCAAUUGUUAAAGAAUAAACCAUACUGUAUUAAUGUUUAUGAUCAUGGAAAAUUAAUUAAUUAAAAAAAAUUAUGA